GGGACUCAUCCCGGUCCGCUGGGGAAGCUAGAGCGUAGAAAGCGCUAUGCCAGCCACGGAGCAUUGCUGGAGGAUUUGCCGUGUCAUGCUGAGUUGCAUGGAAACAGGAAGGGUCCAAUUCUACUCUCAAGUGUGAGGGUGAUAAUAGAAUGCUUUGGGUUGGAAAGGACCUUUGAUCAUCUAGUUCUAAUCCCCCCCUUCCUGCCUGUUCUGGGGAGGAUAAAUGGAUGCUGGUGAGUCGGGAGCUGCACAGCACAACUCUGAUUUCGGUUACAGCUGAACGGCAGCAAAGCAGGAUGUGUCAGGCACAGGGAGCAGAGAAAACAAACUUGUUCCUCAGGAAUGCCAGGGACAGGCUUGAAUUUUACGCUUUUAAGUGUGUUUCCUAUCAAAGAGUUGCUGUACAGACGUUUUCUGGACAAGAAGGGAAUGGCAAAUCCCUUUCUCCUAGUGAAUCUUCUUUAAAUUAUCAAUGGAAAAAAACCCACUUAAACACCCUGCGCCUUCCGUAUUCUUCAAGGAAGUGAGGGUAAACAGGCAAAUUGCAAGCCCUUGAGGCACUGAAGGCACUUAUAACCCUCUUUUGCCAAAGACCUAUCAUCCCUAAUAUAUUUUUUCUGAGCACAGAGCUGGGAUUCGAUACCGGUCUGAUGAGAGAUGCUCUCUCCAGAGCACCCCCUUUGAAACACUGAGCCUUAAAAUGCCAAGACUUGCUCUUACCUCCCCUCUAGGUCAAUGUCGGAUGCGUGCCAAAGAAGGUGAUGUGGAAUGCGGCUGUCCACAUGGAGUUUGUCCAUGAUCACGCCGACUAUGGCUUUGAAACGCCCAGCAUCAAGUUCAACUGGAGCUUCCUUUGCUUAUGGUGGCAAUAAGCCUCUGCUCUCUUCCAGAACCAUUAAAGAGAAGCGUGAUGCUUACGUGAGGCGCCUCAAUGAGAUCUAUGAGAGUAACCUCAAGAAGGCUCACAUUGACAUCAUUCGGGGCUAUGGCAAGUUCACCGCUGAUCCUGAGCCUACCAUCGAAGUGGAUGGGAAAAGAUACACAGCUCCUCACAUCCUUAUAGCCACAGGCGGGCACCCGGCUGUCCCUUCUGACAGCCAAAUUCCCGGCGCCAGCCUGGGGAUGACCAGCGAUGGCUUCUUUGACCUGGAGGAGCUGCCCAGGCGUAGUGUGAUUGUCGGUGCCGGCUACAUUGCAGUGGAAAUCGUGGGGAUCCUCUCUACGCUGGGCUCCAAGUCAUCCCUGCUGAUCCGCCAGGACAAGGUUCUGAGGACUUUCGACUCCAUGAUCAGCUCAAACUGCACUCAGGAGCUGGAGAACAGCGGGGUGGAUGUCUGGAAACACACACAGGUCAAGACGGUCACCAAGUCCCCUUCUGGGCUGCUGGCUGUGACAGUGACCUCCUCAAUGCCAGGCCACAAGCCAACGGAGGAAGUGAUUCAGGACGUGGACUGCCUGCUGUGGGCUGUGGGGAGGGAACCCAACACCCAGGACCUGUGCCUGGACCGAGUGGGUGUGCAGAUGGAUGCCAAAGGCCAUGUGGUGGUGGAUGAAUACCAGAACACCACCAGGAGAGGGGUCUAUGCCAUCGGGGAUGUGUGUGGGAGAGCUCUCCUCACCCCAGUGGCCAUUGCAGCUGGCAGAAAGCUGGCCCACAGGCUCUUUGAGGGCAAGCAGGACUCACGGCUUGACUACCAUUACAUCCCCACUGUUGUCUUCAGCCACCCACCCAUUGGCACUGUGGGUCUCACUGAAGAUGAAGCCAUGGCUGCAUAUGGGAGGGAGAAUGUGAAGAUCUACAGUACAUCCUUCAACCCCCUGUACCACGCUGUCACCCAGAGGAAGGUGAAGUGCAUCAUGAAGCUGGUGUGCGCUGGCAAGGAGGAGAAGGUGGUGGGAUUGCACAUGCAAGGGCUGGGCUGUGAUGAGAUACUGCAGGGCUUUGCUGUGGCCAUCAAAAUGGGGGCCACCAAGGCUGACCUGGACAACACCGUUGCCAUUCAUCCCACUUCUGCUGAAGAGCUGGUGACGCUGCGCUGAGGCAGCAGGCACGGGGGGCUGGGGAAAACCUUAAAGAGUCGUAAAGAAUGCCUUACUGUCAGACGGUUGUGUGGAGAAGGGUCUGUACGACUGGUGCAGAAAAUAAAUACUGUGAUGUUGGCAAGGCUCUGUGUUUCA